AUGUGUGGUACUUGGUAUCUUGUCGAUGGAAAAUAUCCAAUGAAGUGCAAAGCCAAAACAAUUCUUGCAACUUCAUCACAGAGAAAGGAUUAUCAAAACUUUGAAAAUUGGAUAGGAACAAAAAAACUUUAUAUGCCAGUAUGGAUAUGGGAUGAAAUAUCUGCAUGUAUUUCCAAAAGCACAUUCAAUGAUUUAACAGGGAAUUCAAAUAUUCCUUGUAAAGUGUUAUUCCCAAAGGUUGAUGAUAAAAAGGUCAAAGAGUUAUUUAAAAUCUGGGAAGGAGUUCCACAAAUCGUCUUAUAA